ACCAAAGCCCCCAUUAUUACUCGUGCCUUCUGCAGGAGAGCCAUGGGAGGAAGCAAGAGGGGCCUGGAGAGUGCGAUCGUGUGUUUGCUCGUGCUGGGGCUGGUCCUCAAGCAGGUGCAGCAAGUAGAGGGCGUGGAUUGCGGCGGGAGCAUCUUCAAAGUGGCCUGCUACCAUUCUUGCCUUCUGGGUCCUAAUGAACUAAACACCAUUGAGAAUUGCAGCUUAGAAUGUAGGUCUUCCGUGUGUGACAACAAGGUCAUGGUCAACAUAGCUACCAACAGUGAAGAGAUGAAACUCUUUGUGAAACUCUGCGGUGAUGCUUGUGAUAGUUUAUGUAAGGGGGAUGCUCUACUGGCAUCCCUUGAUCUUGAUGACUAAUAAUGCAUAUGCAUGGUCUGAAAUUUCACAAGCCAAAGUUAUGUCCCGCCUUCGUGUUCAAUAAAACUGGAUCCCAUUGAGAGUAUCCAAACAAGUGUGUCGGUUUGUUUAUGUGCUUGUGUGUAUU